AUGACUACUACUCUUCAGAACGGAUCGUUUUCGGAAGAAUUGUUUUCGAAUGAGUCAGCACGUCGAAAUGAAUCGUUUGAGUAUGAAACGGACAGUGACGACACAAAGUUUCAAAGUUAUAUUGUAGGAGGGAAGUACGCUAGAAUACAAGACUUUCCCCAUUCGGCAUUUUUGGUGAUAAAAUGCCACAAGGUAGAGUACGAGGAAUUUACUUGCGGCUCGUCGAUCUUGAACCAAUUAAUAUUGCUGACUGCAGCACACUGUUUCGAGGAUUGUCGAAGUGGGUCUAAAGUGUUAGUAUCAGUCGGCAACCGGAGAAAGACAAAGGGAAACUUUUACACUGUCGGAAAGUUUGCCAGCCAUGGAGAAUACGACGGACAUGUAAUGAAAAACGACAUUGCUGUGGCUAUUCUUUCGAGGCCUUUGGUGUUCGGUAGUUCAGUGAAGAGGGUCUUAUUAUCACACAUUGGAAUCUACAAGGAACCAGCUUUGGUGGCAGGAUGGGGUAUCACAAACGAGAAAUUAUAUACACCUACGCUGUACUUGAAGUGGACGCGCCAGGUAGUGCUGUCGCGAAGAAGGUGUUUAAGAUUAGUGCCGAAUUUGAACAAUGGUUACUUUUGCGCCACCGGGGAUGUGAAACAUGAGACGGACUACGGUUACGCUGCAGUAGGUGACUCAGGCAGCGCUUUAAUAGUCCGACGGUCCAUCCAGAUUGGCAUAGUGUCUUACAAGAUACCAAAGACCUCCAAGAGUCUCAUCAUCUACACCAACGUGACUAAAUACCACCACUGGAUCACAAGCGCAUCUAAACAACUUUACUGCCAUCAGUUUAAAUUUACUUAAUUUAUUUCAUGACCAUACA